AUGGCGAGCAACUCCUCGCCGAGGAGCGAUGUCGCGACACCCUCGCGUGCAGCUGGUACCGGUGCCAUGCCGGCAUCAUCGGAACGGAGACGGACUUCGCGGGAGACAUCGUCGGCGGACUACAAUUUGAAACGCAUGUCCCGCGCGUCGGUGGACGCAAAGACGUCUCGUUCGGGUUCGCGAGCAGGAACGCCGUCCAAGCUGUCGGAAACGAGUACGCAUAUGGAUAUUGAUCAUCUUGCUCCCACUCCUGCACCAGAACCGGUGAAGAAGAAGAAGAAGGGACUUGAAGGGUUGGGACUCUUUACGCCGGAGGCGAUACCGAAGGUGAAGCUUACGUCUACGGUUGUGGAUUAUUCAAAGCCGUCUGGUGAUGCAUUGACGGGUGUCAAGAGACGGGAUAGAGCGUUGAGUCCGCAGGGUCAGGAGGAAGAGACAUUGUUCAAGAAGAUCAAGACGACGCCGAAGAACGAUGACAAAGAGAAGCAGAGAGAAAGACGAGUCAAGACAAGCCCCGUAAAGUCACACUUGCCCGGAACAAAUGAAACUGUAGCAAGAAGUUUUGCAAAAGAAAGGGAUGCAAGCGGCGGGGCGUUGUUAUCGAAGGUCGUUUUGGCGCCCAGAGAACUCGAGGACGUCGGGAAGAUCGACAACGACGACUUCUGCUCGGCAUGCGGCCUACAAGGUCGAUUCCUCUGCUGCGAAUCAUGUCCUCGGUCAUUCCAUUUUAAUUGCCUGGACCCUCCAGUCGACGAGAACAAUCUACCGGAAGACGACUGGUAUUGCAAUGUGUGCAAAUCUCGAAAGUUCGGCGUACAAACACAACAAAGAGGACUGUUUCAGCAAAUGAUGACACAAAUGAAUCGGACAAAUCCAGUCGUGUUCAGGCUGCCAAAGCACAUCAGGGAUUACUUUGAGGGUGUUACGACCGGGCCAGCCGGGGAGUAUCAGGACACGAAGGACUUCAAGCCAAUAAAGAUCAACAAGAGCGGCUUUAUUGAGGAGGCGGAUCCAUAUAAGCUCAAGGACAAGCACGGCAAAGCAAUCCUUUGCUAUAAGUGCGGCAAAUCGGCACUCGAGGGUGCUAUCAUCAGCUGUGAUCACUGCCCAUCGCAUUGGCAUCUCGACUGCCUGUCCCCACCUCUGAUCGGCAUGCCAUCACAUAUUAAGCGCUGGAUGUGUCCGAACCAUGCACUGCACGCAAUGAAGAAACAGAGAGUCCCGAAGGGUCGGAAGGUGGUUGAUGUUCAGCUUUCGCGGGGUUUCAAGAACAAUGGGGAUGUGGAGAUUGCGAAUGAACAAGAGAAGGAGGCUGAAGACGAGUUUGAAGAAUUUACUGUUCAGGAUGUCAAAUACCGCCUGCCGGAACGGGGUAUCAAGCUGGACUUCCUGGAUAAGGUUAAGGGCACCUGGAAGGAGGUUCGCCGUACAAACGGUACCGGUUUUCGACGUCCACCAUCAGACAUCUCGAUGCCGUACAUGCACGUUCCUCCGCCAAUGAGUGAGACUGACGAGGAGUUACUGGAAAAUCGGACUGUGGACGAGCAAGAGGUUGUGCGGAAUGCAGUGACUCUCUUGUCAUCCAUGACGACGCGCAAUCAGAAAAACACGAGCUUGGCUGCAUUGAUUGACGUCGCGAUGGCAGACUUACAUCCUCUGCCCACACCUCCUAGCCAACAGGCUCGGCCCGGAUGUUCGGGUCUCUUGAGUGUCUCGUCACCCCCAGCAGAGGCCGAGCGCGUACAGCUCCUUGCCAUUCAGACAUUGCUGCGCGUCAAAGGGAAGGAAGCCUUGAUGAAGUUCUUGGAGGCAUGA